AUGACCUAUUCUCUCCCAAUCACCCGCCUGUACCCCUCGUCACUCCACCCUCCCCUUCCGAACUCUCCUUACCUCUCCUCCUCUCCACCACCAGCCCAAGGGCCGCAUUGCAGAGAAACCCAACGCGGGAGGAGCCCCCCCAGCAGAUGGGCGGAAUGGGAAGGGCGGGGUUGGCAGCAUGAUGUUUCGCUGCUUCAGUCCCACUCUCUCCUACCCGCCCAUGCCUCUCUCCCCACUCCUUCAAUUCCCCUACCGCUCUCUCUCAGCAGGAGAAACUCGGUGCUGGUGAAGGAAGAUGAUGGCUGCAAAAGCAGCAUCCCCCUCUCCACCUUUCCCCUCCCCCUCUCCACCCUUCCCGUCCCCCUCUCCACCCUUCCCGUCCCCCUCUCCACCCUUCCCCUCCCCCUUCCACCCUUCCCCUCCCCCUCUCCACCCUUCCCCUCCCCCUCUCCACCCUUCCCCUCCCCCUCUCCACCCUUCCCCUCCCCCUCUUCACCCUUCCCCUCCCCCUCUCCACCCUUCCCCUCCCCCUCUCCACCCUUCCCCUCCCCAUCUCCACCCUUCCCCUCCCCCUCUCCACCCUUCCCCUCCUCCUCUCCCCUCACCAGGAGAAGUUAG